CCAUUUUUGAAGACGUUUCUUUUAAUUGUUAGAGUGGCCGCUUGAGUACCUGGUAAAUAUAAUGGAUCAUCUGUGUUGUGCUAGCUAAACUUAACGAUAACGAAUAAACACAGUAGCAUGCUGGCCAUACAAAGACAACAGGCCUAGUAGAAACACCAUGGAAGAGUCAGGAGGCAGGCCACGCUACCCUAAGCAGGGAGGCCGGGAGAGGGGCGCGGUGGCAAACGAGGCAGAGGCCUGGAGGAACCAGGACGCUGGGAGGGGAUACAGCCCCAAGCCGGAGAGGCGUGGCCAGGGGAAGAGGGGACGCCCCAAGAAGGGAGUGAUGGGACCCCUCAGCAGCUCCCCUGGAGGGGGGGUGUUCAAGGGGGGCCAAAGCCCCUCUCAGAGGGAGGGUUUCCAGAGACCCAGGUACCCGGAGAGCCAGCAGGUGGAGGGCCUGGUCGAGGGCAGGGAGGAGAACUGGAGAGAGCGCCCCUCACAGCGCUGGAGGAGAACGUCUCAGGGAGAGGACCCAGGGGAGGACAGGGAGCAGGGACGGAGAGACAACACUGACAACACACCUCACAGCUCAGGGGGGAGGAACUGUAGGUACCGUGACCGGAGGCGGGGUCUAGGUGAGGAGGACCGUGGGCCGGUGGUGGAUGAGUCAUCUCUGUCAGCCAAAGAGCUGCUGGGACUGAAACAGGCAGAGGAGAAGAUCGGCAGAGAGGAGAUCUUUCGUCUGAAGAAGAGGUCCCGCAGUAAACCCAGUGCUGUCUACACCUGCUCUCUGUGUGAGGUACUUCUGGACUCUGUCUCUGAAGCUCACAGACACGUCAAAGACAAGUGGCACAAGAGGAGAGCGAAGGAGCGUCGUGAGGAGGCGGUGCUGACGGAUCUCGCGCCCCCUGGGGUGGAGCAGGUGGUGGCGGUGAGCGUGGCGUUGGAAGGCGUGGUCAGAGAGAGGGGGAUGAGUGACCAGGAUGUAGAGAACAGACGACAGAUUGUCUCCAACAUGCAGGAAGUCCUGAUGUCCGUCCUGCCUGAGGUGAAACUCCGGCUCUAUGGGUCGUCCUGCACCAAGUUUGGUUUUAAGGAUUCUGACGUCAACAUUGAUAUCCAGUUCCCCCCUCAUAUGCAUCAACCAGAGGUUCUGUUGCUGGUUCAGGAGAGUCUGUCUGUCAGUAUUCUCUAUGGUAACCUGGAGGCAGACUUCCAUGCCAGGGUACCUGUGGUCAUCUGUAAAGACGAGGGCAGCGGUCUGGUGUGUAAGGUGAGCGCAGGAAAUGACAACGCCUGCUUGACCACCUCCUUCCUGUCUGAGCUGGCCAAUCGGGAGCCUCUCCUGCUGCCGCUGGUCCUGGGCUUCAGACACUGGGCCCGGAUCUGUCAUGUGGACCGAGCGGAGGAGGGAGGUCUGCCCCCGUACGUCCUGGCUCUCAUGGUCAUCUACUUCCUCCAGCAGAGGAAACAGUCCAUCCUGCCUGCCUACCUGGGACACGAGAUAAAGGAGUUCUCCAUUAGCCGGCUGUAUGACUUCAGUCUGACCUACGUUGAGGAUGGCUUUGUCCACUGGGGUUACUACCCCGUCUCUAAGGACUCCUCCUCAUCCUCAACCCCAGAAACCAUCUACAGGGAGGGCAAGGCUCCUCUGGUGUUCCAGAGACCUGUCUCUCCUCCAGCGGUGGGUCUUCUGUGGGUGGAGAUGCUGCGUUUUUAUUCGCUGGAGUUCAACAUGGCGGAGUGUGUCAUCAGCGUGCGUACCAGCCUCGUCCUAUCACGGGAGGCCAAGGACUGGCCCAAGAAACGCAUUGCCGUGGAGGAUCCGUUUGCUGUGAAGAGGAACGUGGCUCGUACGUUGAACAGCCAACAGAUGUACGAGUACAUCCUCCACAGCCUCAAAUCUACCUACAAGUACUUCGCCCUGCCCCUCAGGCUCCCCUCAGCCAACCACACGACAGCAGAGCCGCGAGGAGCCAAUCACAAGCCAGGGCCUGGACAUAAGGCUCCGAGUGACGUUGGCCUUGUUCAAUCAGGGUUGAGUGGUCUCCUCCUGGAGUCCCAGGCAACCACUAAGCAGAAAGGAGAGGCAGAUGUGCAGGAUUCUGACUGUAUGGAGGAAGAGGAGGAGAGCCCUCCAGAGUCCGACCAAGAGAAAGAAGAGGAAGACUUGGGGAAGAACAGCCUGUCUGAAGAGGAGGAGGAGGAUGGAGUAUAUCCCAGACAUCACCUAGACAGUGUGACCACAGAGGACGAAGAGCUGUUCCCAUUGGACGAGGUCUCAGGAGAGGAGCAACUCUCCGAUGAGGAGGGGCCAGACCUAGACACUCCCGGCUCAUUGGAUGAGGAGGAUGAGGUAGCCCCACCCACAGUACCAGAGGACCCGCCCAAGCAGGAAGCACCAGACAACAGGACCGAGGGGGCCAGUGUUCUCUGCUAUGGGUUCACCAGACAGGCGUUCACCCGCGGCAGGUCCCACACAGUGGUGUGCGGUGUGUGUAAGCGGGACGGCCAUCUAAAGAAGGACUGCCCUGAGGACUUCCAGAGGGUACAGCUAGCCCCUCUCCCUCCCAUGACGCCCGCCUUCCUCAAAACACUCAACACCGUCUGCCAACAGUGCUACCGAGACUUUGCUCUAGAUGAGGUGGAGGUGGGAGUGAGAGAACACAUCCUACUGGACCUGGAGAGCUUCGUCAAACGCCAGUUCACUGGUGCCAGGCUGAGACUGUUUGGUUCAUCUAAAAAUGGCUUUGGCUUCAAGCAGAGUGACCUGGACAUCUGUAUGGUGCUGGACGGAGAGGACACCGCUGAAGGUCUGGACUGUAUCAGCAUCAUAGAGUCUCUGGCCAGACUGCUGAGGAAACACCCAGGUCUAAGGAACAUCCUCCCCAUCACUACAGCUAAAGUCCCCAUCGUCAAGUUCUACCACGUCAGAACGGGCCUGGAGGGAGACAUAUCCCUCUACAACACGCUGGCCCUGUACAACACACGUCUGUUGGCGUCCUACGCUGCCGUCGACCCCCGAGUCAAGAUACUGUGCUACGUCAUGAAGGUCUUGGCCAAGAUGUGUGAUAUAGGUGAUGCGUCCCGAGGCAGUCUGUCAUCCUACGGCUACACCCUGAUGGUGCUAUUCUACCUCCAACAGAGGAACCCACCCGUUAUACCUGUGCUGCAGGAGAUUUAUGACGGGGAAGCGAAGCCAGAGGUUUUGGUGGAUGGAUGGAACGUCUACUUCUACGAUGAUCUGGAUAACCUACCUGAGCGCUGGCAGCAGAGGAACAUGGAGUGUGUAGGGUCUCUGUGGCUGGGCCUGCUGCAGUUCUACACUGAGACCUUUGACUUCAGAGAACACGUCAUCUCCAUCAGACAGAGAGCAGCUCUUACCACCUUCAACAAGCAGUGGACCUCCAAGUACAUCGUCAUCGAAGAUCCUUUUGACCUGAACCAUAACCUGGGAGCUGGCCUGUCCAGGAGAAUGACCAACUUCAUCAUGAAGGCAUUCAUUAAUGGUAGGAGAGUGUUUGGAACGCCAGUCAAGACCUACCCUCCUGAGUACACUAGUCAGAUGGAGUUCUUCUUUGACCCGGAGGUGUUGACAGAAGGACAGCUGGCUCCUAACGACCGCUGCUGCAGGAUAUGUGGCAAGAUCGGACACUUCAUGAAAGACUGUCCCAUGCGCAGGAAGUCUAGGCAGUGUCGUGAGCAGGAGGGAAGGAGGGACUGGGCGGCGUCUGAGGGGGGAAGGGAACGUCGUCAGGGCGACCGCUGGAGGCGACAGGAAGAGAAGCGAUGCUGCUUCCUGUGUGGGAGCAACGCCCACAUCAAGAAGGACUGCCCCCAGUACAGAGGUCCGGCAGGUGCCAAAGCAGAAAACUCCUCUCCCUCUACGAGCCACAUGAGGAAUUUAAGAGAGAGAGAAAGACGGGGCUCCCCUCAACAGGAGAAAAAGAAGCAACAACAAAAUGUGAUUUGAGUCCACAAGCAGGCAGUCUAGCCAGCAGGCACAUGGGUCGGUCUGAUCCCAGGAGGAGCCCAGUGGACCGAAGACCAGAGAGCGAGGAGGAGAGAGACGGAGGAGGCAGCGCUCAACCUCUGGGUUCUACUCUACUCCCUCUGAGCUCUGGACAAAACCUCCAGUCCACCAGCCUGAAUCUAGAACACCCGAAACCUAGAACUUGGAACCGGAACACCCCAGCCUUCUGUUGGAACCUGGACCCUGGAACCUAGAACCCCAGGGCCUGAGCCCCAGACAGAGGAUGUCUCCCAAAUGGCACCCUAUUCCCUAUAUAGUGCACUACAUUUGACCAGAGAAUGGCACCCUAUUCUCUAUAUAGUGCACUACAUUUGACCAGGGUCUAUAGUGCAGUCUAUAGGGAUUAGGGUGCCAUUUGGGCUGCAGAUAAACAGAGCGAGAGGGUAUUUUAUGUUUUAACCACCACUCCUAAUGUCUGAGGAGCUUUUUAAAGUGUCAUAUUGUUUUAACUGAAAAUACAUGUUUUCUUCCUUCUCUCUGUUAGUUCACCCCCCCAACACCAGGGGGGGGUGUUUUAUUUAGUUUUAAUAAUGGUGAUUAUUUGUUUAAUUUUCUUGUGCACUGAUGUCCUCCCAAACACCCCUCUCCUCCAUUUUGGACAGUAGAUCCAGUUCGAACCGGGCUGUGUGUGUGUGUAUCUCUAUACACUCGUACGUGCGCAGAGGAUUUAAAUCUGGAUUUUAGAAUUGGCCCUGAAACAAAUGGGGACUAUUGAUUAAUAAUGGACAGCCCCUCCAUGCCAGAACAUCCAAAGAUGGUAGCUAGCUAGAGCUCCAUUCCACUCCGCUCCUUCCUGCCCCCUCUGAACACGCUGUGGGUUUGUAAUGAUGUCAUGGCAGUGACUCUGUAUUUGGGUUACCAGUACCUAAAUGGACCCUUAGCUUCCAACUCCCAUGUGUGUAGAUCUGAGAUGAUUGGACAGGUGUAGUAAUACAGUGAAACCUUAAGGUGGCGCUAGUUACCACCAGAUUUCUUAUACACACCAAAUCAAUUAUACUUAUCGAUCUACACUCUCGCAUGAUAUGGGAUCGGGCUGAGGGUUGAUUUGGGGUUCUGCGUACAUCAGUGCUGAAGGAUUUUGGGGUGGGGUGGGAAAACGGGAAAUAUGCUUUAGUUUGUAUGAUGCAUUUGGUGGCCAGUGCCUUUGAUUGGUGGGACAGGUAGCUGUAAUGUGAAGCCCUGCCCCCCUGCCCUGGGCUAAUGUUUGCUGCUAGUAUUCUGUCUGAGACCUGCUUAUCAAAUAAACGUUCAUUUAAUGUCCAGAUUA